AUGGCCGCGAAACGCAAGGCAGCGCCGCCGGCCCCGGCGCGCAAGAGGGCCAGGACAGCGCAGCCUGCGCAGGAGGGGCCCGUGGCGCACCCGUCGCACCAGAAGGAGCCGGCCGAGCUCUUCGUGUGGGGCGACGGCGACUGCGGCCAGCUCGGCCUCGGCGAGGCGACGACGGAGAGGCUGCGGCCGUGGCCGCUGGACGUCGGCGGCGGGCAGAAGGUCCUGCAGGUGGCGUGCGGGGGCAUGCACACGGCGGUCCUGACGGAGAGGCACGAGGUGUGGACGUGGGGCGUGAACGACGAGGGCGCGCUCGGGCGGCACACCGCGGGGAAGCUGUGGGAGGCGUCGGGGCUGGGGUCGGGCAAGCCGGGGGACUCGUACACGCCGGGCGUCGUGGCGUUCCCCGCGGGCAGCGCCAGGAUCGUGCAGGUGUCGGCGGGGGACUCGCACACGUGCUGCCUGGCCGAGGACGGGACGGUCUUCGCGUGGGGGACCUUCCGGGACGCGAGCGGCGUGCUGGGGUUCUCCCCCGCGGCCCGGUUCCAGCUCGUGCCGCGCGUGGUGGUCGCGCCGCGCAGCGACCGCGUGUGCAAGGUCGCCUCGGGCGCCGACCACGUGGUGGCGCUGUGCGAGUCCGGGAAGCUGCUCACGUUCGGCAACGGCCAGCAGGGGCAGCUCGGGAGGCUCGGGACGCGGGUCAGCGAGCGCCACCGCCUCCAGGAGAUGCUCACCCCCGCGGAGACCAGGGUGGUCAAGCGCAAGGCGGCGGGAGUCAAGGUCACGGACGUGGCGUGCGGGACGUACCACACGUUCGCGCAGAUGUCCGACGGACGCAUCUUCGCCGCGGGCCUCAACAACUACGGGCAGCUGGGGCUUGAGGACGAAGACGCGUACUUCAGCUUCACGGAGGUCGAGCAGCUGAAGGAGAAGGGCGUGGCGACGGUGCGGGGUGGGCAGCACCACUCGCUGGCGCUGACGAACAAGGGCACGCUGCUGGCGUUCGGGCGCGCGGCGUACGGGCGCCUGGGCAGGGCGCAGGCGGACACGGGCGAGGACGGCAAGGUCGCGGACGCGCUGCCCGUGGAGGGUCUCGGGGGCGUCAAGGUCACGGGCAUGGCGGGGGGGUUGGCGGUGUCGGGGUGCUUCGGGGACGGCGAGAAGACCGGGCAGAUCUGGCUGUGGGGCAUGGGCACCAACAACCAGCUGGCCAACGGCGACGAGGACGACGACGUGAGCGUGCCGGAGCGCGUCAAGGAGACGAAGAAGUACAACGCGCUGCGCUGCGUCCAGCUCGAGUUCGGCGGGCAGCACGCGGCCUGCCUCGCGGUGGAGCGACCGGGCGAGACUCGAGUCGUCUGA